UAUCAAAACAAACCAUUGCAAAUCUAACCAAAUAAAAUGGGUUAGUUUCUCUCACAACUGUUUAGAAAGACGUUUAAAACUUCUAACUGAACAUUAAUAUAUAAAAAUGGAAGAAUAUAUCGGUUCAACUCUUACAAAAUUGGUAAUGCUUUUCGUUCUUGUCAGCAUAGCUUUUCUAUAUAAAGACUGCCCAGUUUUAAUCCACGAAAGUUCUUCGCAAAGAGAAUUCGACUUGGAAUUACUCUAAUAUCGAAGCCCUACACAGCUUAGAAAACAAAACAAUACAGCGAAUUAACAAUAGUUAUUGGCAAUGAAAGCUGUGAUCUAGACUCGGCAGUCAGCUGCCUAGUUUUUGCCAAUUUUUUAUACUGGCAACACAAUGAAAUGAAAUGUAAGGUUUGCACCAAGGAGUAUAGAGAUGGGUCUAUGGAAUACAAGGAUGAAAUAUUUCUGCCAAUAUUAAAUGUUGAUAGAAAUGAUUUUCCUUUGAAAACUGAAGUUGCUUUCUUGUUUCGUGAAAAAGGGAUUAAUGUGGGUGAUUUGGUAUACAGGGACGAUUACGACUUACCUCAGUUACUGAAGAGUACAAAAUCGAAGGUAGUGUUAGUGGAUCAUCACGUUUUGGCGAACAAAGACAAGUUCUUAGCCGAGUAUGUCACCGAGAUCAUUGAUCACAGGCCAAUAGAUAAAUCCGAAUGGACCUACAAGCCGGAUACUCGCACCACGAUAGAGACUGUCGGCUCCUGCUGCACACUGGUGGCGCAGCGGAUAAAGGAUCUCAGCUCCCUGAUGGCUAAAGAUGUUCAGUACUUCAAUGCCUACCCGGUCUGCAGUGAGAUGUUGCAUGCAACAAUAAUACUGGAUACAGUGAAUUUCUCUAAAGAAGUGAAUAAGGGGACGCCGCAUGAUGAAGAGAUGAUAUUGUUCCUCGAAAAUCUUCUGAAGCCAACUGAUUGCAAAGCAGAGAGGGAAAAGCAACUGAACACAUUACUAGCAGCGAGGACGGACGUCUCGCAGCUGUCUGCGGCCCAGCUGUUGAGGAAAGAUGUGAAGAUUGUCGGAAAUGUGCUCGUGCCUAGUUUUCCUAUAUUGGUGGAGGAGUUCCUAAAUCGUCCUGAAGCUUUAAAGGCAGUGUCUGAAGCCCUGACUCAAACUAACUGUGACGUCGCUCUUCUCCUGGGUAUGGAUUUAAGUGAAGGCCUGAAGAGGGAUAUCGCUGUCUUCUCCAGUAGUAAUCCACAAAAAGCUGUGUUGUUAAGUAAAUUCCUGGAAGACUACAACUCCCCCUCCCUAGGCCUGUCCCCCCACCAGCUGUCCACCGCGCCGGAGUGCCGCUACUACCGGCAGCGGAACCUCAGCGCGUCCCGCAAGCAGUACAUGCCGGCGCUGCACCGGUUCCGUGCAGUCUUGUGAUCAGUUAUUACAUUUUGUCGUUUAUAUGGG